UUUUCAACGUUUUUUUAAUUUAUUUUUGGGACAGAGAGAGACAGAGCAUGAACGGGGGAGGGGCAGAGAGAGAGGGAGACACAGAAUCGGAAACAGGCUCCAGGCUCCGAGCCAUCGGCCCAGAGCCUGACGCGGGGCUCGAACUCACGGACCGCGAGAUCGUGACCUGGCUGAAGUCGGAGGCUUAACCGACUGCGCCACCCAGGCGCCCCUGCAGUGAGCUUUUUAAACCACAGAUUUGAUCAUGUUGCUUUUCUGCCAUAAGACCCUUCGAUGGCUUCUUUUUGCAUUAAAAUAAAAUUCAGACUCCAUUCUAUGGUCUCUAAGGCCUGCACAGUCCCAACCCCUCAUCUGUUGAUCUCAUCCACUGUGCUUCAGCCACAUUGGCUGACUUCUCUCCUUCCUCUUCUCUUCCUUCUCUCUGUUCUGUUUUUUACUCUUUCCUCCCUCCCCCUGUUCUCUUUCCCUUUCCCUUUUAUUUAUUUAGCUGCUAUUUAUUGUGGCCUACUAUGUGCCACACAAGUACAGGCAACAGAGCAGUGGUUACAGUAACAAAAAUCCCUGCCCUUAGGGGGCUUACAUUCUGUAGGAAUAGACAAAAAUUAAUAAGUAAUCUAUUUUGCUUGUCAGAUGGUAAAAAUUUCAAAGGAGAUCAAUCAUGAAGAGGGAUACAGAAUACGGGGGCUGAGUCAGUGGGUGCGAUUUAAAAUAGGGUGGUCGGGGAUCCUAAGAUGGCAUUUGAGCAAAAACCCAAGGGCAGUGAGUCUCUUUUCCUCUUCCUUGAACUCACCAGGCUUGUCCCCACUUCAAAGCCUUGUUUUUUGCUUUGCUUCUGCUUGGAACGCUCCUCUCCAAGAUCUGUGCUUGGCCAACAACUCUGCCUCCUUUCUGUCUCAGCUCAAAAGUUACCUUCUCAGAGAUGCCUUCCCUGACUGCCAGGUUCAAAUAAGUAACUCCUCCCAUUUCUCUCCAUCACAUCUCUCUUGUUACUUUCUUUUUCUGUUUUAAAUUUUCUGAUUUAAUGCAUACCGUCAUUUGAAAUGAUCUUGUUCCUGUAUUUAUUUAUUAUCUGAUGCUCCCCUAGUAAAAUGUUAGUUCUGUAGGGGACCUUGCUGCCUUGUUUCCCUGCUGGAUGUCCACGGUCUAGAAUAGAAGACUCUCAGUAGACACUUGUUCAGUGAACAGAUGGAUUUUGCAGGCAGAAGAUUCCAACGGGAUUCCUUAGAUGGUGUAGCUUUACAGAUUAAAGAAGUGUGGGCUCUGGCCCCAAGGCCUCUGGCAGGAAAGAAAGGGAGCCCCUGUGGGAACUGGUCAGGACUGGAACUCAGGGGCUCAUGGUGUUCCUGGCAUUUUCUGGUUAGUUUCUGAAGUGAAUUUGUUUUUCCUUUGUUUCCUCACCUGUUUGUGCCCUCUGAUUUUCCAUAUGACUUUUAUAGUGGAUGAUGUGUCACAACUUUCCAUUUCAUCAGCCUACCUGGCUACUUUGCUCAUUCAGUUCAGCUGGUGUUUAUUACAGAAGAUCCAGUCCCACACCUGGUACAGUGCUUCACGACCGCUGGAGCCACACCACUGAGCACCUGGCUCCCUGCAUGCAGGGGACGCACACCCCUUCUGUUUCACUGUAUUUUGCCCAUGCAAAGUUGAUUCUCUUUUUGUUUUACUUUAACCAAAUGUAUUACUCACAUGAUCUGAUCUGAGGUGUAAGCUAAUUGGGUGGGUUUUUCUGUAGACCAGAUAUUGUCAGCAACCUUCAUUUUGGUUUAACUGGUUGGUCCUGGUUGAGAAAAGCUAAAUAUUUCAUAUGCCUGUUUCUCGUACAUCUUUUCUUGGCCACAUUAUAUCUUUGGCAAAAUGUUGGAAAACCAGGGGAGUGAAAUAUUUAGCCGUGUGGUAAAUAUUAGGUUUGUUGAACUAGAUCAGGCCUUUGGUCAGUUUAACCUAGCAUGUGCCAGCUAGACUCAGGACACUCAUGAGCCACCCAUAGUAUGUCCAGCUGUACGCACAUAACACUUUUAUCCUAGGUCCUACCAGUUUUUUCUCAGGUGCCUAUUUGAAUAUCUGUGUCCAAGAUAUUGUUCAAACGCUAACGUAAGUUGGCACAUUGCAUAAAUACAGUAAAAUCUCAAAUAUCCAUUUAUUUAUUAUUCUGUCAUGAGCUUCUAGUUUAUCUUUGUGGUUGAGAAAUAGAGCUUGUGAAACAUCUUAAUAAUUAAGAUUAUCUUAUUUCAGUAAAGACUGAAAGAAACAUGAUUAAAAUGAUUACCGUGUUGAAAAAACAUGACUAAGGUGAUUGUUGUUAAUUAGCAGAAGAUCACCAUUGUCAGAAGAAGUAAAUUCUUCAGAAUCCUGAAUUUGAUUUGAUCACCUUCUAAGUUUUCCUUAUAAUUGUUCAAAGAAAGAGUUAUUCAUUAGUGGUGGGGCUUCUUUCUUUUUCUUUUUCUUGUACUCAGUUUCAGUUGUCUCAGUUUCCUUACCUGUAAAAUGUGGAUAAUAAUAGUGUUUACUUUAUAGGAUUUACGUGGGAACAAAAUCAGUUAAUACAUAAAAAAUAUUUACCUGUUACUAGAACAGUGCCUGGCACCUGGUUAGCACUGUCUUUUAUGCCACUAUGCUGCUGUUAACUUUAUAUAUUCCAAAACCGCUAUCCUUGCAGAAGUGGUGAUCAGUGAAGACUAUCGGAAUCGGGUGUAUGAACCCAAAUUUGGUUUCUAGCUUUAUCUAAAACAGGAUGAUAGUUAAAGCCAUGAGAAUAGAUGAGUUCACCCAGGAAAGAGCGUGUGUCAUGAACAGAGAGGAGUAUUUCAGACAGACCCCUAAGAAAUGCUGACAUGGGCAGAGGAAAUGAAAACCUGUAAAGUCAAGUAGGAGGAAGUGGCUGGGGGUUUAGCAAGAAAGCUGGAGGAGGAAAAUCAGGAGAGUUUGAGGUCAGAAAGACAAAAGAGGAAAUGAUUAAAUGCUGCAAACACAAGAAUGAUAAGGAUAUGAUGGAUUUGUUGGAUUUAGCCACCAGGUGGUUUAUGAAUUUGGUGAGAGUGAUUUUAAUGCAGUGAUGUGGGCAUCUGAAGCCCAAUUAUAAUGGGCUAAUCAAUGAAUGAGAGGAAAUAGAAGAAUUUCAAAAACAAAACAACUUUCAGUAAAUUUGACUGUCAUCAGGAGGAUGGGACAUGACCGUUUUUUGGUAGUUGUUUGUAGAGAUAAGAUGUUGUGAACAGCAUCUUUAUUGCCUCAUAAACCACCUAAAGAAUGCACGUAUAAGCACUGAAGGCGCUUAUGCAAGGGGCAUUAGUGUACCUGGAGCAUUUUGGGAAGGAGCGCCUGUAGUAGUAUUGCACGGUCUCAGAGUUGACAGUUGGAUAGGAGUUCGGUGGGCACACCGACAAGGGAGAAGGAUACUUCAGGUUUUGAGAAAAGCAUGGAUUUGUGCAUCAUUGUAGCAUGUUUGAGGAAUUCUGAUGAUUUAGUGACUGCUAGAGCAUAAAGGUAAGCUCAGUAGUCCAGUGGGCCUGGACAGGUGAGCAGGGUUGAGAGCAUGGCAGGGGUGGGCCUUAGAAUCUUAAAUUUUAUCGUGUGGGUCCUUGCUUCUCAGCGGAGUUUGUAUGGAUGUGCCAGGAGGUAUGCAAAGCUAUAGGAUACGCACGAUACGUCUUCUUGGAGUAGACAUUUAAUUGGAUUUGGGGGAAAUUAUGGUUGUAUUAAAACAUGAAUAUAUUAUGCAGAAUCAAAAAUUAAAGACAAAAUAUAAUUUUAUAUUUAAAAAUUUUUAAAUAACAUAUUUUCCUGGCUGGCUUCUUCAGGCUGUGCCUUGUGCCUCUUCUAGCCCUCCAUCCCCCAUCACUUUUCUUCAGGUGAAAGAGUUGAUCCAUCCAUAUAGGUGAUGUGCAAUCAUUGCAGAAUUGUAAGUAGGAGUGGUUGACCUCUGUAUUUGGUAAAGAUUGCCCCAGAGGAGGGUGAUUUCAGCCUUCCGGGUCAUACAACCAAGGGGCACCACUCCCAUUGAAUAUAAUGAAGAAUAGCCCUGAAUAGAUAAGAACAGAGCAGGAGGACAAGACAGGACCGGGGAACUUCUUGUUUUCUUUUUUUUUUUAAUAUAUGAAAUUUAUUGUCAGAUUGGUUUCCAUACAACACCCAGUGCUCAUCCCAAAAGAUGCCCUCUUAGGACAGGGGAACUUGUAAUGAGGCCACUGAAAUGAGCUAGUGGUCUCUGCAGUAGGAUUAGGGAAGAGGGAACAAAAAGAGGUAUUUGAGGAGGCAGAAUUGAUGCAACUAGUGUAGAAGAGGAGGGCCUAUGAUAUGAUAGCAGAACCGGGGUUGACUCUAAGUUUUCUGGCUUAGCAUCUUGAGAGGAUGAUGGCACAAUUUCCUAGUACAGGGAAUAGAGGAAGAACAGUUUUGCCUACAGGAAGAGAUAAAUUCAGUGUUAUUGAGAGGUCUUUGGGCCAUGCAGGUGGAGAAGCAGGUUGUUGGCCAUGUGUGUGUAACUCUUCAGAAAAGCCUGUCCUGAAGAUACACAUUCAGUAUUCCUGAGUGGUCAUCACUGACCAUGGAAGCCAUGGGCAUGACCGAGGUGGUCCAAGGGGAGCACACUGAAUGAGAAGAGAUUAAAUGUAGAGUUCUGGAAGUACCACCGUUCGAAGAGGAAGCUGAAGAAAAGGAAUCUGAGAAAGAGUGGCCAGGGAGGUAUGCAUGACCAAAGUGGGAGAAGAACAGAGUAACAGGGAAUUGCAAGAAGUGUCUGUUGCUGCUGAGAAUUUAACCAAGAGUGGACUGAGAAAUGCCCUUGAAAUUUACAAGUGGAGGAAGUCGUUGGUGAUGACUUUGCCCUGAGCUGUUUUAAUUGUGUUGUGGCAGGGGACUGCACACCUGUCGGGAGUAGUGCAAUAAGGAAUCCAAGGUGGAAGAGGAAGUGGAAGUAGAGGCAGGCAGUGUAUACUGCUCUUUCAAGCUGGGCUGCGUGAGGUGAAGGAGAGGAAGAAUAGUAACUACAAUGGUUAUACGUUUAUCUCUCUGCAUACGAGAAAGCAAAGUUGCGUGAGGAGAGGAAUUUCCUUUUAUUCACCCCUUUAGCUUGAGGUAGAAAAGAGCUCCUGGCACCCAGUAGGCGCUCAAUAAAUAUGUGGUGGCUGUAUUAAUGAAUUAUGUUAAGAAGGGAGAGACUUGAGCAUGCUCCCUUGUGGGGGCAAGGGUAGAGGUUUUGGAGAGGAGAGGUUGAAGGUGUAGAGUAGAAAGGACAUGAUGGAACGUGGUCUCCGUGAGUCAGGAAAGUGAGAUCCCAAGCACUGCCGGAGCAGUUAUCCAGGAUACAGGAGUGACUCCUGAAGACACAGAAGGAAAGGAAGAAAGGACGGGAACAGGAGCAGAUAUUUAUAGGUGGUGGAGGAGGAAGUUGGGGGAGUUCUCUCCUGAUGGUCUUAUGAGUAUUCUCUGAGUUAAAAAUAAGAAUGAGUAUCAUGUAUAUAUCCUUGGAAAACGCUUUGUGAGGUCAUACAAAAAAGCCACUCCCACUCAAGCAGCUAUGCUUAUGUGGAAAGUCCUGGAUACGUAAUUGUAGGCACACACGAGGUUGUGGUCAGUGACAUAAAGGGUAGGUGAGGUAAGGCUGUGCCAGGGAGCAUGAGUAAGAGUAGGUGAGACAAGAGGUCUCCAGUCUCCGACAUAAAUGUAGGGAGUGGCUGAGAGCUGAGAGAAGGGAAUAUACAUACCAGUGAGAACCCCAGCUUGUUGAGACCCACAAACAGCACGAGAUUGUCCUUGGACUCCCUAAGGAAGUCAAAGGAAAGGCAGUGCGUGAGGCUCACUUUUCCCACUUUGAAAUACAGUGAAGAGAAACUUGAGCCUUGAGUCAAGUAGAGUAACUCUUUGUUAACAAGUCCUCUGGUUCUAACCAGGCUGGUUUUCCAGUGAUUUAGUUCUGAUUCAUUUCACAGGAAACUGCUUUCCCAACUUUUGACAACCUGUUAUCUAAAAUGAUUGGUCUGUUUAGAAGCAGAGGUAGUAGAAAGAGGAUGUGACAGUAUCUCAGUGAGUCAUAAGGAACAAGACAUGACCAUAUUUGUUCACCUCAUCAGGUUUUAUCUAGAAUUAAAGAAUAUUAAAGUGUCCAUUUUGUUUCAAUUAACAGUUGAGUAAUAAAUUCUCACUUGUUGAGAAGUCUCGCUUUUUGAUCUCAUCAAGUUCAAGACUACAUAUUUCUCAGGAAUUUCUGACAGGGAAAAUACAGCAGUCAGGAUGGGUUUUAUGGUCUUCUAGAUUCCUGUUGAAUUUAAAUAACCCAAACAAGCUGAUUUUUUUUUUCUUUUGCUAUUAACCUUAUGAGCCAUUAUUACAAAUUGACCUCUGACAGUGAAGCUGUACAAGGCAGGCUAGAGUUGGCCUUGAGUCUGGCUGCUUCUGUUUUUGCAUUUCUCACAUGUUAAAACAUGUUCCCUGUAAAGUGAACACAGGAUCUUUCAGAAGGGGAUCAGAUUCUAAGAGUAAAAGGUGUUUUGCUUAGAGCAAGUUGCAAAUUGUAAUCACUUACUUAACUGCCCUAUCAGGGAAAACAAGUUCAUAAUGUGAAGAGCACCUGUCACUUUUUGGAGGUGGAGAGAAGUAGCUUUUUUUCUUUUCUUUGACAUAAGGUGAAAUCAGAGGCUGACUAAGCUAUGCUAAUUAUGACUUGGUAUCACAAUUAGCUCAAUACUUAGAAUUCAUUUUUUUGAAGCCAUCCAAGAUUUCAUGGGUGGUGGGGGAAAACCCUCUGUGUCCCCACCUCACUCCCCCACGUUCUAAGCUUUUUAGCCAUUAGUUGAAUAGUUAGAACUCCAGGUAGGCCUUUAUUUGGAGGAAGAAAAUUAACUUUAUUGGCAUUCUUGAUGAGAACCAAGGGAAGGAGAGUUAUCUAGUCAGUUUGGCAUCAACAAGCUGAGAACCCAUUUCUCAUUUUAAUGGACAACUAAGUUGUAGCCAGAUCCCUAUUUUCCUGAGUUUAGAGUGUGUGUGUGUGUGUGUGUGUGUGUGUGUGUGUGUGUGUGUGUAUGUCUCAGAGACAACACUCAAGAAUUCUGAAAGAGACCAGACGUCUGGACCCUUUUACCAGAUUCUCAUUUCUGUUGGCUUUUCUGGGAAUCAACUGGGAAAGCAUUCUGAGGUGAGAGACACAUCAGAGGCAGUGAGUGAGGUAACUUGGAAAAGAUCACUGGGUUCAGGUCCCAUUUCUGCUAUUUACAAGCUGUGACCUCUCUUAGCCUCUGGGAGAUGAAGUGGCUAGAUGAGAGAACCUAGAUCUUUGCAGCUUUUCAUUCCUGUGAUGACCUGUAUGUUUAUGAAAAUAUAUGAAAAGGAAAUCCUAUUUUAAAUUCAUCAGGAUAGUUAUUAUUUAAAGAAACCCGUAUAUAGUGGGAAUCAUCACUGCCUAAUAUGUAGUCAGUCAGUCAAAACUUAUGUUGAGUUUUCUCAAAGUAAGGCACACACUUAACUAUUCAGGAUGUGUGCUGUUGUUGUUUUGGUCUAUUGAGGAUUAAGGGACAGGACUUUAGUUCUGAGUCUUAUAGUUUACAGCUUGUUGAAUUCCCCCUUUAGUGCAUCUCCUCUCCCCUUUGCCCUCCCCUCCUCUCCAACCUCAACAUCCUGUGCAUUUUUCAUCUGUACUGCUUAUCAGAUUACUUUAUAGUUGUUUGCUUGCCUUUCUCUCUGUCCUUCCCAGAGGCUGGAAACCACGUCCUAUUCAUCUUUACUUUUCUUAUAAAACAUUGAGGAGAAGAAAGAUGGUGAGAUGUCAGGAAAUGGGCAGCAGUAGAGUCAAAGAUGGCCCAGGGAAGCCCGGGUGGCUCCGUCGGUUGAGCUCCUGACUGUUGAUUUUGGUUCAGGUUGUGAUCUCAGGGUUGUGGGAUCAAGCCCUGUGUUCGGCUCUGCACUGAGCAUGGAGUCUGCUUGGGAUAUUCUCUCUCUCUCUCUCUCUCUCUCUCUCUCUCCCUCCCUCCCUCCCUCCCUCCCUCUCUCCCUCCCUCCCUCUCUCUGCCCCUCUCCCUAGCUGGUGCUCACUCGCUCUCUCAAAAAAAAAAAAAAAAAGCCCAGAUUUUGGUUUGGGUGACCAGGGGAAUGAUGGUGUUACAUACAGAGACAGCUGAGGUGCUGGUUUGGAAAGAAGGUGGUGUAAUCUUGGACAAGAUUGAAUCUGUGGCACUGUCAGAACAUUCAGGCAGACUACUCAGUAGGCAGUUAGCAAUGAUGACUUAUGUCCUGGGGCAGUUGAAGGAUUUGGGCAUCAUCUACAGGAGGCUCAUCAGGGUGAAUCAUAUCUUUGAAAGGGAAAGUAAAAAAUGAAGGUAAUGGGGAAUGCUGCCCAUAUUUAGGAAACUCCAGGAUAAAGAAGAGUCUUCCAGAGUGCCAGGAAUGAUGACAGAAGUAGGAGAUGGACUGGGGUGUGCGGUACCAUGCUUUUAUGGAGGGGACAUCACACAGAAGGGAUACGAAAAGAAAAGGUCAAAACUCCUGUCUCCCUACAUCCCACAGACACAAGAAACCGAGUCAGCAGUACAGAAAGAACAUAGAAACCAGACACCUGCUCCAUCCGCAGCUCAAACUUCUGCUCCUUCUAAGUACCACCGAACUCGAUCUGGGGGAGCCAGGGAUGAACGAUACCGAUCAGAUAUCCAUACGGAAGCAGUUCAAGCCGCACUGGCAAAGCAUAAAGAACAGAAAAUGGCUUUGCCUAUGCCAACCAAAAGGCGGUCCACAUUCGUCCAGUCUCCUGCAGAUGCCUGCACACCUCCUGACACGUCUUCGGCCUCUGAGGAUGAGGGCUCUCUGAGACGCCAAGCUGCGCUCUCUGCUGCCUUGCAACAGAGCUUACAGAAUGCUGAGUCCUGGAUCAACCGUUCAAUUCAGGGAUCGUCCACUUCUUCAUCCGCAUCUUCUACGCUGUCCCAUGGAGAGGUCAAAGGAACCAGUGGGUCUCUAGCUGAUGUAUUUGCCAAUACCCGAAUAGAGAAUCUCUCUGCUCCCCCUGAUGUCACUACAACUACCUCUUCUUCAUCAUCAUCUUCCUCAAUGCGCCCAGCAAAUAUUGAUCUGCCCCCUUCGGGGAUAGUCAAAGGCAUGCACAAAGGAUCCAACAGGUCCAGCCUUAUGGAUACAGCUGAUGGUGUUCCUGUCAGUAGCAGAGUAUCCACAAAAAUCCAGCAGCUUCUCAACACUCUCAAACGACCCAAAAGGCCUCCCUUAAAGGAAUUUUUUGUGGAUGACUCUGAAGAAAUUGUGGAAGGUAUACCUCAGCCAGACCCCAACCAGCCCAAGCCUGAGGGUCGGCAGAUGACCCCUGUGAAGGGGGAGCCAUUAGGAGUCAUCUGUAACUGGCCUCCUGCUCUCGAGUCGGCCCUACAGCGCUGGGGCACCACUCAAGCAAAAUGCCCAUGUCUGACCGCACUGGACGUGACGGGGAAACCAGUUUACACUCUUACGUAUGGAAAGUUGUGGAGCAGAAGUUUAAAGUUGGCCUACACACUGCUUAAUAAACUGGGGACCAAAAAUGAACCUGUAUUAAAACCUGGAGACAGGGUAGCCCUGGUUUACCCCAACAAUGAUCCAGUCAUGUUUAUGGUGGCUUUUUAUGGAUGUCUCCUGGCAGAAGUGAUUCCAGUGCCUAUAGAGGUACCUCUUACCAGAAAGGAUGCUGGAGGUCAGCAGAUUGGCUUCUUGCUAGGAAGCUGUGGUAUCGCCUUAGCUCUGACCAGUGAAGUUUGUCUAAAGGGGCUGCCAAAAACCCAGAAUGGAGAAAUUGUACAGUUUAAAGGUUGGCCCCGGCUCAAAUGGGUCGUAACAGAUUCCAAGUACCUUUCAAAGCCACCUAAAGACUGGCAGCCCCACAUCUCACCUGCCGGUACAGAACCAGCAUACAUUGAGUAUAAAACAAGCAAAGAAGGGAGUGUGAUGGGAGUUACCGUGUCCCGCCUUGCGAUGUUGUCUCACUGCCAAGCUCUGUCCCAGGCCUGCAAUUAUUCUGAAGGGGAGACAGUGGUAAAUGUUUUAGACUUUAAGAAGGAUGCCGGGCUAUGGCAUGGCAUGUUUGCGAAUGUAAUGAACAAGAUGCAUACAAUUAGUGUACCCUACUCUGUUAUGAAGACUUGCCCGCUCUCUUGGGUCCAGAGAGUACAUGCCCACAAAGCCAAAGUAGCUUUAGUAAAAUGUCGAGACUUGCAUUGGGCUAUGAUGGCACAUCGGGACCAAAGAGAUGUCAGCUUGAGUUCCCUCCGGAUGUUAAUUGUAACUGACGGAGCUAAUCCCUGGUCUGUGUCAUCCUGUGAUGCCUUCCUGAGUCUAUUCCAAAGCCAUGGACUGAAACCUGAGGCCAUCUGUCCAUGUGCUACUUCUGCUGAAGCCAUGACUGUCGCAAUCCGCAGGCCUGGAGUUCCAGGGGCCCCUUUGCCAGGAAGAGCUAUUCUCUCAAUGAAUGGAUUGAGCUAUGGAGUAAUACGGGUCAAUACUGAAGAUAAAAAUUCAGCACUGACGGUCCAGGAUGUGGGCCACGUAAUGCCUGGUGGGAUGAUGUGCAUUGUGAGACCCGAUGGACCUCCCCAACUCUGCAAAACAGAUGAAAUUGGAGAAAUCUGUGUCAGCUCUAGAACAGGAGGCAUGAUGUACUUUGGGCUUGCUGGUGUGACAAAAAAUACAUUUGAGGUAAUUCCAGUCAAUUCUGCAGGCUCUCCUGUUGGGGACGUGCCCUUCAUCCGGUCAGGAUUACUGGGGUUUGUAGGGCCGGGCAGUUUGGUGUUCGUGGUUGGAAAAAUGGAUGGGUUACUGAUGGUUAGUGGUCGAAGACAUAAUGCUGAUGACAUUGUUGCUACUGGAUUGGCUGUUGAAUCAAUAAAGACUGUUUAUAGAGGAAGAAUUGCUGUGUUUUCUGUGUCUGUAUUUUAUGAUGAGCGCAUCGUGGUGGUUGCGGAACAAAGACCCGACGCCUCAGAGGAAGACAGUUUCCAGUGGAUGAGCCGUGUGCUGCAGGCAAUCGAUAGCAUUCAUCAAGUGGGGGUUUAUUGUCUCGCUCUGGUGCCUGCCAAUACAUUGCCAAAAACUCCACUGGGAGGGAUCCAUAUAUCUCAGACGAAACAGCUCUUUUUGGAGGGAUCUCUACAUCCUUGCAAUAUCCUCAUGUGCCCACAUACAUGUGUGACCAAUUUGCCAAAACCCCGGCAGAAGCAACCAGGUGUAGGCCCUGCUUCUGUGAUGGUUGGGAAUCUGGUUGCUGGAAAACGCAUAGCACAAGCUGCAGGAAGGGAUCUUGGGCAAAUUGAAGAGAAUGACUUAGUGAGGAAGCACCAAUUUCUGGCCGAGAUUUUACAGUGGCGAGCCCAGGCAACCCCUGACCAUGUACUCUUCAUGCUGUUAAAUGCCAAGGGAACUACAGUGUGCACAGCCAGUUGCCUUCAGCUUCACAAGCGAGCAGAGAGGAUUGCGUCAGUUCUUGGUGAUAAGGGGCAUCUCAAUGCAGGAGACAACGUGGUGUUGCUCUAUCCACCUGGCAUCGAGCUAAUAGCUGCGUUCUAUGGUUGCCUGUAUGCGGGGUGCAUACCUGUGACUGUCCGGCCUCCUCACGCUCAGAACCUUACUGCCACGUUGCCCACUGUCCGCAUGAUUGUUGAUGUCAGCAAAGCAGCCUGCAUUCUCACCACGCAGACCUUAAUGAGGUUAUUGAGGUCCCGAGAGGCAGCAGCAGCUGUGGACGUGAAAACGUGGCCAACCAUCAUUGACACAGAUGACUUACCCAGGAAAAGGUUACCUCAGCUGUAUAAACCACCCACUCCUGAGAUGUUGGCAUAUCUUGACUUUAGUGUGUCCACAACCGGCAUGCUUACAGGAGUGAAGAUGUCCCACUCUGCAGUCAAUGCUCUUUGUAGAGCCGUCAAGCUCCAGUGUGAGUUGUAUUCUUCUCGGCAGAUCGCCAUCUGCCUUGACCCUUACUGUGGACUUGGCUUUGCACUCUGGUGUCUCUGCAGUGUCUAUUCAGGUCACCAGUCCAUCUUAAUUCCUCCUAUGGAGUUAGAAAACAACCUUUUCCUCUGGCUCUCCACUGUCAACCAAUACAAAAUAAGGGACACUUUCUGCUCCUAUUCAGUAAUGGAGCUCUGCACCAAAGGGCUUGGAAACCAAGUGGAGGUGCUAAAGACCAGAGGAAUCAACCUCUCCUGCAUCCGAACGUGUGUGGUUGUGGCCGAGGAGCGGCCCCGCAUUGCCCUCCAGCAGUCCUUCUCCAAGCUCUUCAAAGACAUUGGUCUGUCCCCUCGGGCUGUCAGCACCACUUUUGGAUCAAGAGUCAAUGUAGCGAUAUGUUUACAGGGAACCUCAGGGCCUGAUCCAACUACUGUAUAUGUAGAUCUAAAAUCAUUGAGACAUGACAGGGUUCGUCUUGUGGAAAGGGGUGCCCCUCAGAGUUUACUCCUCUCAGAGUCUGGAAAGAUUUUACCUGGAGUGAAAGUGGUUAUUGUUAAUCCUGAGACCAAAGGGCCUGUAGGAGACUCUCACCUUGGAGAGAUUUGGGUGAACAGUCCCCACACAGCCAGUGGCUAUUACACCAUCUAUGAUAGUGAGACUCUUCAAGCCGAUCAUUUCAACACUCGCCUCAGUUUUGGGGAUGCUGCGCAGACACUCUGGGCUCGGACAGGAUACCUUGGUUUUGUCCGCCGGACCGAGCUCACAGCAGCCACUGGAGAGCGUCAUGAUGCAUUAUAUGUGGUGGGAGCUCUGGACGAAACGCUGGAGCUGAGAGGAUUACGAUACCACCCGAUCGAUAUUGAGACCUCAGUGUCCCGGAUCCACAGGAGCAUUGCCGAAUGUGCCGUGUUCACGUGGACCAACUUGCUCGUGGUGGUCGUAGAACUGUGUGGCUCUGAACAGGAAGCCCUAGAUCUGGUUCCUUUAGUGACAAAUGUGGUCCUGGAAGAGCAUUACCUCAUCGUUGGCGUUGUGGUUGUGGUGGACCCAGGUGUUAUCCCCAUCAACUCCAGAGGAGAGAAGCAGAGGAUGCACCUCCGGGACAGCUUCCUGGCUGACCAGUUAGACCCCAUCUACGUGGCUUAUAACAUGUAACCCGCCUUGUGGGGCUUGCAGGGGGCCGUCCUGAAAAACCACAAGGACCCAAGACCGGCGACUAGGAGCAAGCUUUCAAAUGAUGUGAAAUAAGCUGAGAUGGUUACAUUAUACCCUUCAUCUCAUCCUGUGGGAUUCCGCAGUCACAGGACACACAGGCAAGGGCAGUGGUAGCAAAUGAAAAAAAUGUUAACAGCCCAUUAGUCAUGAGCUUUGACAUAGCGUGAGCAGCACGUUACUAAAGCAAUUACAUGCAUGUUGCAUUUUUUUCAUCUGUUGUAAAUACUUGUAUUUUUAUCUAAUGCUGUUUUAGAAUUUUGUAAGGGAGUUCAAUGAAUUCACACGAAGGGGGUAGUCGGAGUUCCACAGCUCCCCGCUCUGUACUGUAUUCUGCUGAUUUACCGUCGCUGGACAUUCUACGGGUUUUGUUAACACGGAUACUCGGCUUACUUUCCGCUGACCCAUAAGCAAAUCAGAUAUAACCCACUGAAUAUGAGAGUUACUCUAUAUAUAUAAUUCUUGACAGGAAAACAUUUUGACCAGUGUUUUAAACAUGUAAAUAAGAAGACACACACAAUUCAGCUAAAAAACUGACACAUUGGCUUGUAUAGUCCUAACAACUAAAGUAGAAACAUUUCUCCUUGGAGAGCAUCUCAGUGUUCUCUUAAUGCAGUGUAAUUGAAUAGGUAACUAAAAAGUGCAAAUCGAUCACAGGUUUUGCUGCACAUUGUACUAUGUCUCUGUUGGCUGAUGUGUUUUAUAAACUAAAGCUGCCUCUGUUUGUUUUCAAAGCUUGCAUUCCCAGAAUCGGCUUAAGCUUUUAAGAACUCAACCUGUUCCUACAAGCUAAAAAUCUCAGUUUAAAAAUCAAAAUGUUAAUGAAAAGGCUAAGCUUCAUUAGAUCCCACCCUAUUCUAAGGAACCACAAUAACUCACUGUGGCCCCCAGUGUUGAAACUGUGUUUCAAAUUUCGAGUGACAGGUAAGAAUUUAGGAUUUCCUCUUUUUCCAGGCCCAUUGUCAACUGCGUCUACAGUUUAUACAUAUAGCUUCUCUUUUCUGAAAACUGAAAAGCGUCCUCUGUUCUUCCAGUUCAUGAGGGCAGGGAUUUUAGGAACAAGAAUGACAGGCUGGGAAGGCACUGGGAUCGACAGUCACGUGAAACCGCAAAGGCGACAUAACUCCGUAUCUCAAAACUGACUGAUUCGGGUUGCCAAAAUAGCUAGGCUUACGCUGAAAUAGGGGAAGUCUGAUGUGUGCAAGAAACUCUUUUGAAAUAACUGUGGUGCCCGGGCCAAGUGGACUGAGCAUGGGACUGAAUUUGGCCUCUGGCUCGGUUUCCUUUCUUUGGUCUGAUACUUCAUGUAUUUGAAUAUAGUUGAAUUUUAUUAUUUUUUUCUUACAGAAAUAUUUUUAAGAAUUUAAAAAAAAAAAAAAAGAAGCUCCAAGUGAACAGAGUUAACUUGUUAAAUCAGAAUGGUUCUCUUUGACCCACUCUGGUCUAUUGUGUAAAUAUUUAUUUAGACUAUUUUAAUAAUACAUAUUAUUUACCCCACUGUAACAUCAUGUAAACUAAAUAUGUUUUUAAACAAUUUUUAAGACUUGUAAUUACCCUGAAAAUAAGGUUUAUAAUGCAAAGCCCAGACCCUUCACCAUGGUGGCACUCCCAGGGGCUGCCCUCAGUCUCGUGGCUCAAAGCCACUUUCUUGCCUCCCUUUUACACAAGCCUCUUUUCCUCCCAGUUCUUUCUCCACUGAGGGCAGACCCCAAGGCAUGUUCCAGUUCCAAAUCUCUUUUUUGACAUUUUGGAUGAAAUUAGUUUACACAUGACGGAAGAGGUUCUAAGAUGUACAAAAAAAAGCACUUACGCUGGGACAAGAAAGCCCAGUGACUAGCUACAGUUCGGUUUGUGGAAAAAAACAGCUUGCUUAUUUGGAAAGUAAUUUUCACCUAAAGUAGUUUUCAGUAAUUCACUAAACAAAGCAGGGGAUUUCUGAAGAUUAAAGAGUUCUAUCUCCAUAAUCCACAAGUUCUAAGAGAAAAAUAGGCAGAGUAUUAUCCUUUGGGUUGCUGUGAAAAUUGUCACUAUACAACUGUGGGUGUCUGCUAGAAUUAUAACGGGAGCCACAUCUGUCAUUUUAAAUGUUCUAGUAAUCACGUUUUAAAAAGUAAAAGAAACCAGCGAAAUUGAUUUUAAUAUAUUUUUGUAACCCGGUAUAUCAAAAAUAGUAUAAUCUCCAUGUGGAAUCAGUAUGAAAAGUGAGAGAUUUUAUUUUCUUUGUUUCCUAUUAAGCCUUUGAAAUCCAGUGUGUAUUAAGCACAUUUCAAUUCGGACUACCCAUACUUCCAGUUUUCGGUAGCCACAUGCGGCCAGUGGCUACGAUAUUGGACCGAAGCGAUCUGUACUCAUUCUUUCAAAUAAGAUACUCCAUUCCUCUCAGAGUAUGGUCAACUCCCAUUUACUUAGGAUCUGAUUAUCUGGAUUUGUAGUUCCUCAGACCUCUGCUUUAUCUCUAGUUUUUGCUCUCUGCCUUAUGGCUGCUCGAUUGAUCUUUUGCCUAUCCCUCAAAGCCAGAAUAUGCUAGUGGAAGAAAGAAAGCUGAGCUGUGUCUUUGGGAACUUCAUUAGUAACUGUGGUGAAGUGUCCUCUGGAAGGGGAAGAGAGUCCAGUCAUUAGCUAGAGGUGUUUGGGGGGUCAUCUGCAGAUUUAAUGCCUGGUCUGUUACAGACUUGAAUAAGAAAACUCCCUCUUGAAGACGCAAUGCUUGUGCUCUUUCCACGUUAAGUAGAACCUUUGUGGUAGAAGGUCUUAGGACAGACCCAAAAGGCCAUUAUUGAUAGAAACAGCCUAGCCAAAACUCUGGAACACAUUCUGUCUGGGUUUUUACGCCUGUGAAAAAGAAAACUAGAUUAAUAGCAAGGCCCCAUUCCAGUUAAGAGAAAUCCAUUCAUCUUAAAGCCUUUGAACCUCUUUCUGCCUCUCAGCAGAAGUAAUUGAGGUAGAUCAGGAAGGGGCUGCCUCAGGAAAAUUCCUAAGCCCAAGGGAUUCUUAGAGCUGCACAAAUGUCAUCUCCUGCAUCAGUGAGACCCUGGGAAUGACCGGCAUGCCAGCGGGCAUCAGUGUGAAUCCACAGCCUUUAUUUACUUCCUGCCUCACAAAGGGCCCCGGUCCAGACCGCCACAACCACCAAGUCCUUUCCUCCUGAAGUUGUGCUGCCUCGGGCUGUUUAGGGACCAUUGCCUGUCUGUUGGUAAUCCGAGUGUUUCUCCUUUCUUUAGUCCCUGAGCAGUGCUUGCUUAAUGCUUUUGUUGAAUCAACAAAGGGCCUGAGGCCUUAGGUUUUUUGUUAAGGUCUCUGCCCCAGGCAUGGUGCUCAAUAUCUUGGCCAAAUAAAUUACUUUCCUUGAAUACGCAGCAAUCUUUUAGACUAAAGCAAUGAGGAGUUAUCACCUCACCCUCAAACUCCAACAUGACCUAUGCCUUAGUGUUGUUGUUUUCGUUGUCUGCUCUGAUGUAAAAGCAAGAGUGUUUGGAGCAAGAAGCUGCACUACUCCAGAUACACAAUAGGCCUUUUCUUUAUCAUUCAUAAUAACAUUUCCGGUUUAGGUAUAUGUAGAUGGGCCAUGUUAUUUGUCCACAGGAAGAGAGUGUAAAGAUAUGAGAAUAAUUUUUUAGUCCUAAAUGAUGUUUUGUUUACUUUCUGUCAAGGUAUUUACCAGUGUCAAAUUCAAACUAUAGUACUGUGUAAUUAUGUAUAAAGUUUUUUUAUUUAUUUGAAAUUAGACUAGAUAUACAUUUUUAAAUUUAACAUCUGGCUGGACAGUGUUCUAUUAACUCAUUGAAUGUGUUUCCUUUGUCUUGUGUUAAUAAAUAUUGAUGCCUGAUUGUGUUUAGUGCUUCACACAUUGGGAGGAUGGAUAAAUUGGAAUUGAUACAUCUUCAAUUUGACUUCAGAUAGCAAAACCUACAGAGAGCUGGAGCGGUCUAAGGAAAAUGAACACAGAGAUCCAAAGUUAUUGCAAAUCACUGCUGUUACCGGAAGACAGGUCAAGGAACAAAAGAGAGUCAUUUUGAAAACUAAGAAGCCUUUUUCAGGAAAAAUUAAAGUUGAGUUUACCUCCUA